ACAUCAUACAGACUUCGCGAUAUUGCCAACUGGGGAUAUACUACUUGUAAUAUAUCCUUGCUGGCAUCUUCUAGUUCAUUCUGAGAAGUUAUGAUAGAUAUAAUAACUCUCCCCAUACAUUUUUUAAUAAAGAGAAAGAACUCAUGGAUCUUCGAAACGGAAAUCGUCGCAAAAUAAGAAGUGUGCGGGUGUGCAGGAGAACGCAGGGACAGAACGCGAACAUGAAAAGAGAUGUUGGGAAAGUUCUCAGGUGCCUGCCUUUGGAGAAUAACAAUGACGACGUGCCCAUGGAGGAAGAAUGCUUCUCAACGGGCUUUCUCAAAAACGCAAACCUCGAGAACGCGUUGGUCAUGUCUCCUCGUUACAGUUUGUUACGGGAGGUCGGGCGAGGAAGCUACGGGAUCGUAUACGAGGCUAUUGCACGGAAAUCUGGCGUUAGAGUAGCGGUGAAGAAGCUCAGAUGUGACGCUCCAGAAAAUGUCGAGCUAGCCCUGGCUGAGUUUUGGGCCCUCGCUAGCUUGGAGAAGAAACACGAGAAUGUAGUUCAACUGGAAGAAUGUAUACUGCAAAAGAACGGCCUGGCCCAGAAAAUGAGCCACGGUAACAAACGGUCCAAGCAGUACCUAAGAUUAGUUGAGACGUCAUUGAAAGGAGAGCGGAUCCUGGGCUACCCAGAGGAACCCUGUUACCUGUGGUUUGUGAUGGAGUUCUGCGAGGGGGGAGACCUGAACCAGUUCAUUCUGUCUCGGCGACCGGACCCACGGACCAAUAAGAGUUUCAUGCUGCAGCUGAGCAGCGCGGUCGCCUUCCUGCACAGGAACAAUAUUGUCCACCGCGACCUUAAGCCAGACAACAUCCUCAUCUCGCAGAAGUCUGGCACGCCCGUCAUCAAAGUGGCAGACUUCGGCCUCAGUAAGGUUUGUGCCGGCCUGGGCGCCGCGGACGCCGACGGGGAAGACCGCACGAACAAAAACGUGAUCAACGUCAACAAGUUCUGGCUGUCGUCGGCCUGCGGCUCCGACUUCUACAUGGCGCCCGAGGUGUGGGAAGGUCACUACACGGCCAAGGCCGACAUUUUUGCCCUGGGCAUCAUCAUCUGGGCCAUGAUCGAGAGAAUCACCUUCAUCGACGCCGAGUCCAAACGGGAGCUGCUGGGCACGUACAUCCGCCAGGGCGGCGAGAUCGUGCCGGUGGGAGAGGCGCUGCUGGAGAACCCCAAAAUGGUCCUGCACAUCCCCCAGAAAACCCGCAGCUCCAUGUCGGACGGGCUGAAGAAGCUCCUUCAGGACAUGCUGGCGGUGAACCCUCAGGACCGACCCGACGCCUUCCAGCUGGAACGCCGAAUGGACCAGGUCACCUGCGCGGCCUGAACCGCGCCACACGGCCAAACCGGACCACGAAGCUUUUCGGAUGGCAGAUCAGGGAGGAGGUGGGAGCGUGUGGACGAUCAGCGUGGACUCUUCUCCACCGCGAAGCUUUUCCUCUGCAUGCAGACUCAGACUCAACCCUUCCACUCCACACACUCCUCUCCUUCGGCUCGUUUGGAAACCUCGUCCAGAGCGCGCUCCCGUUCUCUUCACGCGGCACAGAGGCCGGCGUAACAUCGCCGAAAUCUGCCCCAUGUCUCACACGGACACUCACCGUCACUGGAGUUUUUUAAAGUCGGUUUCCUCUCACUCUCUCUGCUUGUCUUUGCUUUUAAAGGGAAUCAGUGCGUUUGUUUUGACGUGAGAAGUUUGAGGUUUUGUCUGCAUUCCUGUCUCCUCUCUGUACCUCUCACAGUUCCCACCUUGGUCCUCUUUUUUCUCCUUUGGACUCAGAAUGCUUAUGCUUCACUCAGAGAAUGUUCUAGACACUUCCUCACAGAGACUGGAGCAUGACUGCAUAAUGAUCGUAAUGCCAUUGAUGAGGGAAUACUGUGAAAUCCAAACUGUGAAAUCUCCUCUGUACAUAGUCUCUC